AUGGCCACAGCAACAUCCUUGACGCAAAAUCAAACUCCGCUUUCUUACGAAGUCUCUCUGUGGGGAGAGAUAACUGGGGACGAAGAAGCCAUAAACCCUAUUAUCAAUCGCUUCACGUUGAGUACAGAGACUACUCAGAAGCUCGACAUUAGAGACAUCAUAUUUGAACCCAACGAAGAGCCUGCCAUUGGAGACCGCUAUAUCUACGGUGCCGGAGGGAUAAUACCAAAUCCACCAAUCCAUGGUAUGAUGCUCUUCACUUAUGGCAGACCCCAGCCAGAACGAAUUUCUCCAGAUGCGAUCGUGAGGCCAGUGGCGACAAUGAACGUUAAUGCUGGAAAUGUGAUGGCUUUUGCCUCAGCUUUGGGUUACCGAAUCAAGACCGACUUUAUCAAAGAAGGGUACUUGUUUACAAAGGGAAAUAUGACGAUACAGAUGUUUCGCCAACCAAAGCCAGCAUCCAAAGAGUCUGAGGUCAUUGACCUCGACCCGGAGCCGGAGAACGAACAGUCAUGGAAUGUAGAGAUUAGGCAGUAUCCGGUUGUUUCUGUCAAGGAUACCUCAAUCACGGAGGCUAUUGAUAACGUACUAAGCCUAAAGUUAUUAAUGAAAGGACUAUUGGAUCUCGAACGAAAAGAUGUACAAUAA